UUCCCCUCCCUUUCAGGAAACAGUUCGGGCCCGCGGCAGGGGGCGGGGUCGCGCCUCCGCCUCGGCUCUAGUUCCAGCCAAGCCUCGGCGGAACAGAGAUGGAAAUCCCAAGGCUGCUCCCGGCUCGCGGAACACCACAGGGCAGCGGGGGCCGUUGCCCCGCGAGGGGCGGUGGGGUCCACCGAGGCCUUGACCCGCCAGCUAGUCAGGCCCCGGCGCGCCGCUUCCUUCUGCUCCAGGGGGCCCAAGAUGGCGGGCUCGGGCCGCGGCGCGAGGAGGCCAGUAGGGCCUCACGGGACCCGGGCCCAAGCCCGUUGGCGCCGAGGUCGGAUCACACUGGCUGCAGCGGCGGCGGAGGCGGCGGCGGAGGCGGCGGCGGAGGCGGCGGGAGCGGCGGCGGCGACUUCUUCCUAGUACUGCUUGACCCGGUGGGUGGCGACGUGGAGACCGGGGUCACUGUUCGCGACGAAGGGCUCGUGUGGAGGGAGGAGACCGAGGCAGGCCUGGGACCCCAGGGGAAAGAGAGCAGCCUGAAGCCCGCGAGCCGCCCGGCGCUGAGCCCCCACUGCCUAUCCGCGGUCCCAGGCCCAGCCCCAGGCCCCGCCCCAGGCCCGGGCCCAGGCCCCGGCCCAGGCCCCACAGCGGCCUUCUCUGGCACGGUCACUGUCCACAACCAGGAUCUGCUGGUGCGCUUUGAGAACGGCGUCCUCACCCUUACCACGCCUCCGCUGCCAGUCUGGGAGCCAGGGGUCGCGCCUUUCCAGCAGGCUGGGGGUCUAAUCGCCCCGCCAGCCGGAUUCCUGCCCGCGGCGCAGCUAGGUGACUGCCCAGAGCUGCCACCGGACCUGCUGCUGGCCGAGCCGGCAGAACCCGCGCCAGCCCCUGCGCAGGAGGAGGAGGCUGAGGGCCAGGCCUCGGCCCAGAGCCCCCGCGGGCCGCAGUGUCCAGGCCCAGGCAUGGUGUUGUACCUGUGCCCUGAGGCGCAGUGCGGACAUACCUUCGCUAAGAAGCACCAGCUGAAGGUGCACCUGCUGACUCACAGCAGCAGUCAGGGCCAGCGGCCCUUCAAGUGCCCCCUGGGAGGCUGCGGCUGGACCUUCACUACGUCUUACAAGCUCAAGAGACACCUACAGUCUCACGACAAAUUGCGGCCAUUCAGCUGCCCAGUGGAAGGCUGUGGCAAGAGCUUCACCACUGUGUACAACCUCAAGGCGCAUAUGAAGGGUCACGAGCAGGAGAACUCCUUCAAAUGCGAGGUGUGUGAGGAGAGCUUCCCCACGCAGGCCAAGCUCAGCGCCCACCAGCGCAGCCACUUUGAGCCAGAGAGACCCUACCAGUGUGCAUUUUCAGGCUGCAAGAAGACGUUUAUCACAGUGAGUGCCCUGUUUUCCCAUAACCGCGCCCAUUUCAGGGAACAGGAACUCUUUGCCUGCUCUUUCCCUGGCUGCAGCAAGCAGUAUGACAAGGCCUGUAGGCUAAAAAUUCACCUGCGGAGCCACACGGGCGAGAGACCUUUCUUGUGUGACUUUGAUGGCUGUGGCUGGAACUUCACCAGUAUGUCUAAACUCUUAAGGCACAAAAGGAAGCACGAGGAUGACCGGAGGUUCACAUGCCCUGUAGAAGGCUGUGGGAAAUCUUUCACCAGGGCUGAACAUCUGAAAGGCCACAGCAUAACCCACCUGGGCACAAAACCUUUUGUGUGUCCUGUGGAAGGCUGCUGUGCCAGGUUCUCUGCUAGAAGUAGUCUCUACAUUCACUCCAAGAAACAUCUGCAAGAUGUGGACACUUGGAAAAGCCGUUGCCCUGUCUCCACCUGUAAUAAACUCUUCACAUCCAAGCACAGCAUGAAGACACACAUGGCCAAAAGGCACAACCUGGGCCACGGUCUUUUAGCUCAACUAGAAGCUGCAAAUUCACUUACACCCAGCAGUGAACUUACCAGCCAGGGGCAGAACGAUCUCAGUGAGGCAGAGAUCGUGUCUCUCCUCUCUGAUGUGGCUGGCAAUGGUUCUGCUGCAGUGCUGGACACAGCAUUGGUGAAUUCUGGCAUCCUGACUAUUGAUGUGGCCUCUGUGAGCUCAACUCUGGCAGGGAAUCUCCCAGCCAGUAAUAGUAACUCCUUAGGGCAGGCUGUAGACCCUCGGGCCUUGAUGGCUACCAGUGACCUUCCUCAGAGUCUGGAUACCUCUCUCUUUUUUGGAACAACAGCCACUGGCCCUCAGCAGGGUCCCUUAGAUACGGAUAAUGUCUCCAGUGUAAGUGUGGGACCACUGCGGUCUCUAGGCUCUUUGGCUAUGAAAAACUGCAGUCCAGAGCCCCAACCCCAGACUUUGACACCCAGCAAUAAGUUAGCAGUGGACGCAGAAGCUCUGACUCCUUCAAGUACCCUUUGUGAAAACAGUGUCUCGGAACUACUGACACCAACCAAAGUGGAUUGGAACGUACCUUCUGACUCUGACUUCUUUGGACGGGAGGAAGAAACCCAGUUUGGUUUCUCUAAUCUGGCAAGAAACCAUGGUUCUCAGAAAGAAACGGAUCUUAUCACAGUGACUAGCAGCUCAUUUCUGGUAUGAGCCAACACUGUUUGCUCCUUGCCAUGUGGCUUACUUUUAUUACACUCAAUUUUGUGGGUACUUGGGACUGAAUGUUUGAACGCAGUCAUUUCCUACUGGUUUGCUAAAGAACGCAUCCCUGGACUACAAGUUUGCAGACUGAAAUUAUGAUUUUAAGUCUGGAAAUGACAUGUUCUAUAGACCCUAAAUAAGUCACUUAACCUGUCUGAGCCUUAAUUUCUGUAUGUAUAAAUAGAAGAUUGAAUAGAUUGUUUCUAAAUCUCUGUGUGUUUUUCAGCUAAUAUUUUUUUCUUGAAAAAUAUUGGGUUAUCUUUCACUGAUUAUAUUACAUGUCUUUCAAUAUUAUUGAAUUAAUGUCAUGUUAUAAUGAAUAUGUUUUGUGCACCUUACUUCAAUAAUUAUUAUUAUACAAUUUUUUACCUCCAUUCUUUAAUGUUCUUUUGCACCAAUUACAUAUAUAUGAUAUAUAUAUAUAUUUAUAUGUAACACAUAGACUUCUUUAGAAGAAAAUUAUAAUUCCAUUUAUCAUCCUUAACUUUAUUCCUUUGUAGUAUUAAAUUUCUAGUCAUGUUAUAAACUUUUUUUGUCACAGGAAUCCUAUUAGUUUUAAUAUUUACUCUUUUAGUGUUACAUGUUUUUUCUUUUUUAUUUGUACCGGGGAUCGAACUCAGGACUGCCUGCUUGCAAGGCAGGUGCUUAUGCUGCUGAGCUAAAUCCCUAGCUCCAUCACAUGUUUUUUCAUCUGUCAGUUCAUCUUUCAUCUUUUUCCUUGCAUUUUGUUCAUUGAGAAGGGUAGUUCAUUCUGUAUGAAUGAUUCACCACAGCAGAGUUUUGCUAAAUAUGUCUUUGCACUGAUGUUCACAUUUUUCUAUUUAGUUCUGUAAACUUGAUUAGAUUGCAAAAUUGUGUUGCUCAUACUCUGUAUAUCAAUUAUGUUGUGUUCUUUCAUUAAGCAGCUGUUAAUGUCUGUUUUUCUCUUGUUGUAUUAAAAGCAAAUUUGGGUCAACCUA